AUUUUUUAAAUUUUUAUGUGUUUCAGUAAAAUUUAGAACGGCUAUAAUUUAAUUUCUGUGCUCUGGCUACUUGCAUCUUUAAUUAUUUACUGCUGUUAAAUGUAUCAUAUUCUCUUUGUCAGCAUGCAUUUUUAUGCAUGCCGUAAAACCUCUCUUAACCCUUUUAAGCUCAACUAGCACUUCCUGAUGUUUCUAAUGAAGAAGUUUAGGAUUCAAAUUCCUCCACUCUCAUUGUAACUAUCAAAUUAUCAACAAAAAGAAGCUUCUGUCAUUUUUGUUUCAAUACGUCCUUAUGUUUUGGCAAAAAGAAAGAAGAAGAGUUUCUUAUGUGAAAGAAAGAAGAUUUGAGUGUUGUAAUCAAUGAAGUAUACUUGUUGGAAUAUGUCGGAAAUACACACAAACCAAUAAAAUAAUGGUUAAAUGAUUAAGUUCGCACUUUCCUAAUAAUUUCAGCUUUUGGGAUUAGUGGUAAUUUAUCAAUGUAUUAGUAGGUAUCAUGGUAUCUUUGGUGAUAUAGUUGGUCAUGCUGGUAGGUAGAGGUUGUAUUUGGAUUUUAAAAACAUGCUGAUGCAGUGGCAUCAGCGGUGGUCGUAGCAAUGGCAUAGGUUAUGUCACAUAGUGCUAAGUAGCAAACAAAUCUGUGUGUGCAGAUGUAAAGUUUGUGUAUUUGGCUGUUGUGUUGAUUGUUUCCUACAGUUUUAUGUGCAUCAAAUGCAUUUUCCACUUUUGUUGCUUCUAAAGGUAUGUGACUGGGACCUAAUUAUGAUAACAACAAUGAAGUAAGAGCUUGUGAUAUCAAUUUGACAGCCAUGAAGCUGCCAAGGAGUCGAUUUUGUACAGCUACAAACAUGGCUUUUCGGGGUUUGCUGCAGUUUUAACUGAGUCACAAGCCAAGCUUAUUGCAGGUGUUACAAUAUUUCCCAGGAGUUGUUAGUGUUGUACCAAACCGAGUUCUUAGUCUGCAGACAACUAGAAGUUGGGAUUUUCUCCAAGUAAAGCGUCAAAUUGCAAAUGGAAUUCUUUCAAUGAGUCAUUCGGGAAAUGGGAUUAUUAUUGGUGUCUUUGACACAGGAAUCUGGCCCGAGUCUGAAAGCUUCAAAGAUGAGGGAAUGGGGGAGGUUCCAUCUCAUUGGAAAGGCAUAUGCCAAACAGGAGAGAAGUUCAAUCAAUCCCACUGUAACAGGAAAAUUAUUGGUGCACGUUGGUAUAUCAAAGGAUAUGAAGCUGAAUUCGGAAAGCUAAAUACAAGUGAUGUGGGUGAAUACUUAUCUCCUAGAGAUGCUUCUGGUCAUGGUACUCACACAUCAUCUACUGCAGCUGGUGCUCCAAUAGAAAAUGUGAAUUUUAUGGGAUUAGCUCAAGGAUUAGCAAGAGGGGGUGCUCCAUCAGCUUGGUUAGCUGUCUACAAAGUUUGCUGGUCUACUGGUGGCUGCAGCUCAGCCGAUCUUCUUGCUGCAUUUGAUCAUGCAAUACUUGAUGGUGUAGAUGUGCUUUCAGUAUCUAUUGGCGCACCACCUCCGCUUUCUACUUAUGUUGAUGAAGUUUUGUCAAUUGGUUCCUUCCAUGCUGUAACCAAAGGAAUUUCUGUAGUAUGCUCUGCUGGGAAUUCGGGUCCUUAUUCUCAGACUGUCAUAAAUACAGCUCCAUGGGUUAUAACUGUAGCUGCAAGCACCAUAGAUAGAGCUUUCCCCACUGUGAUCACCAUGGGAAACAAUCAAACUCUUGUGGGUCAGGCUUUCUAUACAAUGAAAGAUAUGAACGAAUUUCACCCUAUUGUAUUUGGAGAAGACAUAGCAGCUAGUGGUGCAGAUGAAGAUGAUGCAAGGAGCUGUGAUUCAGGAGCACUAAAUGCCACUUUAGCAAGAGGAAAAGUAGUUCUUUGUUUUCAAUCUCGUUUUCAGAGGUCAGCUACCAUUGCUAUAAAUACUGUACUGGAUGUUCAGGGUGCUGGUCUCAUCUUCGCCCAGUUUCCAAGAAAGGAGGUUACUGAAUCCUGGGAUAUCGCUUGUGUCCAAGUGGACUUUGUAAUUGGGACAACUCUGCUCACAUACAUUGGGACGACCAGCAAUCCUGUAGUCAAGUUUAGCCUAACAAAAACAGCUGUGGGACAACAGAUUUCCUCAGAAGUGGCAUCCUUCUCGGCUCGAGGACCCAGUUCCUUAUCUCCAUCUGUAUUAAAGCCUGAUAUUGCUGCUCCUGGGGUUAAUAUCUUGGCCUCCUGGUCCCCUGCUUCUCUCCCCUAUUCAGUCAUUACAAAACCUCCUCCACUCAACUUCAAAUUUGACUCAGGAACUUCCAUGGCUUGUCCACAUAUAUCUGGGAUUGUGACUCUUCUUAAAGCUAUCCAUCCAACAUGGAGCCCUGCUGCAAUCAAGUCUGCACUUGUCACUACAGCUUCUUUGGACGAUGAAUUUGGUGAAUGUAUUGGGGCCGAAGGAUCUCCCCAUAAGCAGGCUGAUCCAUUCGACUAUGGAGGUGGUCAUGUUGAUCCUAACAAAGCCAUAGAUCCUGGUCUUAUAUAUGACAUGGGGGUCUCAGAUUAUACCAGUUUUCUUUGUGCAAUGGGCUACAAUAAUUCUGCCAUCAGUUCGGUCACUGGGACUAGCACCCAAUGCUACACAUCAGCCAACUUCCUUGAAAAUCUUAAUCUGCCAUCUAUUUCCAUUCCUGAGCUGAAGGAGAAGUUAACCGUGACAAGAACGGUCACAAAUGUUGGUCCAGUUAACUCUGUUUACACUGCUUUUGUUCAAGCCCCAGCAGGCACUGUUGUUAGUGUCCAGCCAUCAAUUUUGUUCUUUAAUUCCACAAUAAGGAAGCUGAAGUUCAAGGUGACUUUCCAUUCCAAGCUAAGAAUUCAAGGAAGAUACUCAUUUGGCAAUCUGAUUUGGGAAGAUGGUUUCCAUGUAGUGAGAAUACCAUUGAUAGUUAGGACUGUCAUACAAGAUUUUUAUGCUGAUACAUGAUGCUAUUGCCACCUGACUGUAUCCCCCUGUAUAAAUAAAUGGUUAAUGUAGGUUGCACACGGCCUAUUGCACACAUCCAUAUACACAUAGCCUUAAAACUCGUGUGUUCAAAACACAAUUUCAGUUGAUGUGGGCCAUGUGGCAGUGUGGCACACACUCCGCUAUGUGUAACAAUCAGCGCUUUAAAUAAAUUAUUGCUGAUGAUUAAUAAUCUGUUGCGGUUUCAGAGUGAACUCAUUUGCUAACUUGUUUUCAGGCAACUAGUCAAAUGCAUCAACCUUUUAAGAUA